UCGCGUGGCCGCUCGAGAGCUGCAGGUGUCACCCUGCGAGGCCUGCAGUCUGUGUCCGGCUCCACCGCUGCUGGAACAUGAGUGUCUGUGUCUGAGAAAAACUGUGUGUGUGUGUUUGAAACUGUGUGUUGUGUUUCUCAGAAUUUGUGGAGAAAGGCCAUCUGAGACAUGUCCUGCCUGCUGCGCUGUGUGACUUGCUCCUGUGUGCCCUUGCAGCAGCCGCAUGCACUGUGGAGGACGGCAGGGAGACGACUCUUCCAGACCUUCCCUGUUCUGUGUGAUCAACAGGCGAAUAAAGGUGUGCUGUAUAAGGACGUCCUGGUGGGUGUCCCUAAAGAGAUCUUUCAGAAUGAGCGGCGAGUGGCGGUGUCGCCCGCGGGCGUCCAGGUGCUGGUCAAACAGGGCUUCCUUGUGCAGGUGGAGUCUGGUGCCGGGCGGGAAGCUAAGUUCUCAGAUGAUCAGUACCGGGCUGCUGGAGCCCAGAUCACAGACACGAAGGGAGCGUUUGGAUCAGACCUGGUCUUGAAGGUUCGAGGGCCGGUCUUUAACGAGGCGUUACGAGUGCAUGAGGCAGAACUACUGAAACCCAAAUCCACACUGGUGAGUUUCAUCUAUCCUGCACAGAAUCCAGAACUCAUGGACAAACUGACCAAACAGCAAUGUACUGUACUCGCUAUGGACCAAGUGCCCCGGGUCACUAUCGCCCAGGGUUACGACGCCCUCAGCUCCAUGGCCAACAUUGCAGGGUAUAAAGCUGUAGUUCUUGCAGCCAAUCACUUUGGCAGGUUUUUUACUGGUCAGAUCACAGCGGCAGGAAAAGUUCCUCCAGCUAAGGUGCUGGUUAUUGGUGGUGGUGUUGCUGGUUUGGCUGCGGCUGGUGCAGCUAAAUCAAUGGGAGCCAUUGUCAGAGGAUUCGACACCAGACCAGCAGCACUAGAGCAGUUCAAAUCGUUUGGAGCGGAGCCGCUGGAAGUAGAAAUCGCAGAGUCGGGUGAAGGGGUCGGAGGUUAUGCCAAAGAAAUGUCCAAAGAGUUUCUGGAGGCGGAGAUGGCACUUUUUGCCAAACAGUGCAAAGAAGUUGACAUUCUUAUCAGCACCGCUCUUAUUCCUGGUAAAAGAGCUCCAGUCCUCAUAAAGCGUGAGAUGGUGGAGAGUAUGAGGGAUGGCUCAGUGGUUGUGGAUCUGGCUGCUGAAGCUGGAGGAAACAUCGAGACCACCAAACCUGGACAAAUCUAUGUCCAUGAGGGUGUGACACACAUCGGCUUCACAGAUCUGCCAAGUCAGAUGCCCACUCAGGCCAGCACACUUUACUCCAACAAUGUCAUAAAACUGCUAAAGGCCAUCAGCCCAGAUAAAGAAUACUUCCAUUUUGAGCCCGUUGAUGAGUUUGAUUAUGGGACUCUGGAUCAUGUGAUCAGAGGGACUAUGGUGAUGAAGGAAGGUAUAAAUCUUUUCCCUGCCCCGCUGCCAAAAACCACCCCACCUCCAGCACCCACUAAACAGAAGACUGUUGCUGAGCUGGAAGCCGAAAAACGCGCAGAAAUUUCCCCCUUUAAACGCACCAUGACAUCAGCAGGCAUCUAUACAGCAGGUCUGUCGUCAGUUCUGGGCUUGGGUAUCGCAUCUCCUAAUGCUGCUUUUACACAGAUGGUAACCACCUUUGGUCUUGCUGGAAUUGUGGGAUAUCACACUGUGUGGGGUGUGACACCAGCACUGCAUUCACCACUGAUGUCAGUGACCAACGCCAUCUCAGGUCUGACAGCAGUAGGUGGGCUGGUGUUAAUGGGUGGAGGUUUAACGCCCUCAUCUGUGCCAGAAACUUUGGCUCUGCUCGCAGCAUUUGUGUCCUCCAUCAACAUCGCAGGUGGUUUCUUGAUCACCCAGAGAAUGUUGGACAUGUUUAAGAGGCCUACAGACCCUCCAGAAUACAACUAUCUGUACGCUAUACCUGGACUGGUGUUUGUGGGUGGUUACGGGGCGUCUGCCGCUAGUGGUUACAACAUUGAGCAGAUGAUGUAUCUGGGAUCAGGUUUAUGUUGUGUUGGAGCCCUAGCAGGGCUCUCGGCUCAGCGCACCAGCAGGUUGGGUAACGCCCUGGGCAUGAUCGGGGUGUUAGGGGGCAUCACAGCCACACUGGGCGCACUGAAACCCUCCCCAGAACUGCUGUCGCAGAUGUCACUCGCCAUGGCAACAGGAGGAACUCUUGGUUUGACGAUUGCGAAGCGCAUUGAGAUCACAGAUCUGCCUCAGCUGGUCGCUGCAUUCCACAGUCUUGUGGGUCUCGCGGCGGUUCUUACCUGCAUCGCUGAGUUCAUGAUCGAACACCCACACCUGGACGUCCACCCGGCUGCCAGUGUACUGAAAAUCGUGGCUUACCUGGGCACCUACAUCGGUGGAGUGACCUUUAGUGGAUCUCUGGUUGCUUACGGAAAACUACAAGGUAUGUUGGACUCAGCAUCUCUGUUGUUGCCGGGGCGUCAUAUGUUGAAUGCAAGUCUGAUGGCAGCAUCAGUGGGGGGGAUUGUGCCCUUCAUGAUGAGUGAAAGUUUCAGCACAGGCAUGGGGUGCCUGCUGGGUGUGUCAGGUCUCUCCACCAUCAUGGGUGUAACACUCACAGUGGCUAUAGGAGGGGCGGAUAUGCCCGUAGUCAUUACGGUGUUAAACAGUUACUCGGGCUGGGCUCUCUGCGCUGAGGGAUUUCUAUUGGACAAUAACCUCAUGACCAUUGUGGGCGCUCUGAUUGGCUCAUCUGGUGCCAUCCUCUCUUACAUCAUGUGUGUGGCCAUGAAUCGUUCUCUUCCAAACGUCAUUCUCGGUGGAUACGGAACCACCUCCACUGCCGGCGGGAAGCCCAUGGAGAUUGUUGGCACACACACAGAAGUGAACGUGGAGCAGUCCAUCGAAAUGAUCAAAGAGGCCAAUACCAUCAUCAUAACACCUGGCUGGGGUCUGUGUGCGGCAAAGGCGCAGUAUCCCAUCGCUGACAUGGUGAAGAUGUUAAGAGAACAGGGCAAGAGUGUGAGGUUUGGUAUUCACCCGGUAGCAGGCCGUAUGCCUGGGCAGCUCAACGUGCUAUUGGCUGAGGCUGGAGUCCCGUAUGACAUCGUUCUGGAGAUGGAUGAAAUUAACGAGGAUUUCCCAGAAACCGAACUGACGCUUGUGAUCGGAGCCAAUGACACGGUCAACUCUGCUGCACAGGAAGACCCAAACUCAAUAAUCGCAGGGAUGCCGGUGCUGGAAGUCUGGAAGUCCAAACAGGUGAUCGUCAUGAAGCGUACUCUGGGCGUGGGCUAUGCUGCAGUGGAUAACCCCAUCUUCUACAAGCCCAACACUUCCAUGCUCCUGGGAGAUGCCAAGAAGACCUGCGACAGUUUACAGGCCAAAAUAAGAGAGGCCUACUAUUAACAUGCAUACAUGUAGAACUGCAAGCUCGUCAUCAAGGUCAAGAGCAAAUCUUGCAUUUACACACAAUACGAGAAUACAAGAAAAUCAUUUUAUUGUCAGAUACACAUUAAAGUGCCUUAAAAACAACAUGUUAAUCAGUCAAUUCAGUUACCAGUGAUGUCUCAACCAUUCUGAGAAUAUUUGCAAUUACAUUCAGUCUUUGAUUUGUAAAUAAAAACAUUUAAAUAUCA